UGGUCGGAUAUCCUUUAGCCUUCAUUGUGGGACUGAGUCCGGGAGCUGGCUGACCGCGGGGGGGAUUAAAACCAUGGCUGUUUUGAGUUAAAGGCUCGGGAGGCACUGUGUUUUGGAGCUGGGCUGAGCUGAGGGAUGGCGGCGGUUGGGCUGAGCGGGUGCUGCGGCGCUGCUGCGGCUCACUGAGCCUCCAGCCGAGCUCACUUCCAACCGGGCUCAGACACACAGCCCGAGACAAAAGCGGGGGAGCAGGACUCACAGCAGUCUCAGCCCUCCCCCAGUGAACCGAAAACCCUCAUUAUUAAACUCUAAAACACACGACUGGGCUCUUACACUGUGUGUUUGUAGUAGUAGUAAGUAGAUACAUAGUUUUUACACCUUGUUUACUACCUAACUUAGCAUUAGCUGCUGUCUCCACACGGACUCAGGCUUUGCUAAAGCUAGUGGAGCUUCUGGUCGAGCCGGCUGGCUCACUUCAUUCACUACUCACACCUUCAUUUAGCCUCCGGUACCUGUACUGUCUGCUCCAGCAGCUCCAGGUAAAGCCCAGAGCCCCGUUGUGCCCUCGGGAGUGCACACAGGAGUGCACAAGAGCACAGCAGGUCUCCUCCUUUCCUCCCUCACUCUGCAUCCUUGGCUUCAGCUCCAACCAUAUGAUGGCCUCCUCGUCGGGAAAUGAUGAUGACCUGACCAUCCCGAGGGCAGCGAUCAACAAGAUGAUCAAAGAGACACUGCCCAAUGUGCGAGUGGCCAACGACGCCAGAGAGCUGGUGGUCAACUGCUGCACAGAGUUUAUCCACCUCAUCUCCUCUGAGGCCAACGAGAUCUGCAACAAGUCUGAGAAGAAGACCAUCUCUCCAGAACACGUCAUCAAUGCACUUGAAAGCCUCGGCUUCGGGUCCUACAUAGCAGAAGUGAAGGACGUGUUGCAGGAAUGUAAAACAGUGGCUCUGAAGCGGAGGAAGGCAAGCUCACGUCUGGAAAACCUCGGCAUCCCUGAGGAGGAGCUGCUCCGUCAGCAGCAAGAGCUUUUCGCCAAGGCUCGGCAGCAGCAGGCAGAGCUAGCGCAGCAGGAGUGGCUGCAGAUGCAGCAAGCAGCACAACAGGCGCAGUUAGCUGCAGCGGCAGCAGCUUCAGCCAGCGCAGGUCAACAGGCCGGGUCCUCGCAGGAUGAAGAUGAAGAGGACGACAUGUGAUCCCACUGACAGAUGUUUUCUCUGUGUUCCUCCUUUCUUUUUUUUCCUCUUUUGUUCUUUCUCUCUUUCAGCUUGGUACCAGUUCUGUUAUUGACAUUUUAAAGAACUACCCUGGGAAGUCUGUCAUAUUUGCCCCACCCCUUAAUAUGUCAUAACUAGGGUUUGACUUCAUUUAUUUUCCUCUUUUUCUAGUUUUCAAAAAGGCAUCUCAGGGGGGUUUACCCCUCCACGAAAUUUCCUUUUUUCACCCCUUGUUCAGAAAGCUGAAAAUAACCCCCUUUUUUAAGGCGCCAUAUUACUAUUGUAUGUAAAUUGUACUUUUUGGGACACCGAGUCAUUAUGAUGUGUUAGUGGCAUGAGAUUCGUUAUGUUUAAUUAUUCUUGGUUCUGUGCAGGAGAGAGUAUUGAGAGUAUUGAAGCUCGUGGGAGUCCUGUUUUAUUUGACUUUUGGAUUUUUCAAUUUCUUGCUCUCAUUUUUCUCAGUUUUUGUAAAAUAGUUAAAAAAUAAAUUCAUGUUUUCUUUUUUCCCCCUUUUUGGCAAAGUGAUUUUUACAGUAAUGGUUCCUCUCCUGUCCUUGCUCUGUGUUUAUUAGGCAGAGUGCUGAUUUUGGAAGAAAAAACUGUAAUGUAGGAUGUUUCUUAUUGUUUCGUUUUAGUUUAAAUGAGGUGCAGAAUACAGUGUACGUAGGAUGCAGCUUUUGUCUGGCCUGUGUUCCGAACAGUAUUGAGAUGAAAACGAUUACAGAUUGAUUACAGAAUAUAAUAUCUGUCUCUUUAGUACCAAAGAUAGAGUUGAAGGCAGAUGGUCACCUGUCACCUGUGUAGAGUUGAAGGCAGAUGGUCAUGCAGAAUCUCCUGACAGUUUUACUCUCUGCAGAAGCCCUGCUCUGCUCCGGUGCAGACCGUGUCAGCGUAUUAACGGCAACUCUCACGUUCUGAAGCGUUUUUGAUGUAUGAGCAGAUUUGUUUUCUGGUGCGAUGUAUAGAAGUUGCAUUGUGAAUGCGUGUUUAAUUCUUAUCUGGUGGUGACUGGUAAGUUUUCGUUGAGGUGCGUGUUCACAUGCCUUUGCAGGAGCUGUAAGCUGUAUUCUCUGAGCAAUAAAAGUAAACAUGUUUUAUAGUCAA